AUGGCGAGCAUUCCUCAGCCACCCAAAACUAGCUUUACAGAUGAAUCUUUAGUGCUAGUUGGUGUGUCCGAAUCCGAGCCAUCGACCAAGAAGCACCGAGUUUCCGGUCGUAAACGGGAUCCGGUAUGGAAUUUCACCACCGUAUAUGCGGACAAGCGAGUGGUUUGUAAUCGAUGUGGCGCACUCAUUCAUCGCUAUGGAGUGGCCAAGGUCGAAAGAGUGCGCAACCACUUUGAACGCAAGUGUCCGGACGUACAGGAGCAAGCGGAGAUAUUGAGAGAUGAAGAGGGGGACGCUUUUGAAGUGCAGACAGAUGUGGGACCUGAUAUACUGUUAAAGCAGCACAAAGCAAUGGCCAUUGGCAGUAGCUACGGGAACAAAAGCAACGCGUUUAAGCGCAAAUUCGCUUACUGGUUGUAUGCAACGGGGCAACCAUUCGACAACGCAGAAAACGAGUUGCUAGCUAGCGCUCUGAAAGUGUUACGAGGUGGCGUGGCUCUCCCCACGAAACAUGAGCUGGAAAACGAGCUGCUGGAUUUGGAAUUUACAGCGUCAAAGAAUAAAGUGACCAAGGCACUGAGUGGCAAGAAAUGCUGUCUUACAAUAGAGAACUUGGUGGAAGCGGGAGGAUUUACUGCAUUCACAUAUGGAGUGAUGUGUGAAGGUGCCUUGUACUACCUCGAGGCAACGACUACCAUGAUUCAGGAAAGUAGAGGAGAGUUAACGGCUGAUGAAGUGGAAGAGGUGAUGGCCAAGGAGAAGAAGGCGGAGUUUUAUGGCAUCGUAACACCCACCACGUCCACUCUGUCCAAGUACACUCGCAAAAGGAUUCAAAAGAAACACCCGCGGUGUACCUUCUUUCACGGCUGCGUGAUCAGCGCGCUCACUUUGCUACUCAGCGACGUCUGCACCGUACUACCUUGGCUAGAGAAAAUUCAGACGUCUGUGGUCGAACUGGCACAGGUGUUCCACGGAAAUUACAAGCUCCAGACGCUAGCGACCGCUGCCGAACAUAACCAGACCAUGAAGUUUCCAGACAAUAGUUCGAUCUGUGCUUUAUUGGAAGCUUUACUGAAACAUGAGAAGACGCUGUACAUGAUCGUUGCGCGCCGAGACUUUGUGGAUGCUAACACCCUGACAGAGCAGGAGCAACUCAAACGCGUGCAAGAUUUCGUACUUGGCGAAACGUUUGCUCAGGACUUGAUAAAUUCGCUGGCUGUUUUGCGCCCGCUGCAGCAGCAACUAAACCGUUUUCAGAAAAACCGACCUUCGUUGUCGCAAGUUUUUCCGUGCUUCAUCGAGUUCUUGACGGUGUACUCGUCGAUGGAGUGGGUUAGCAAGAAGGAGAAGGCGCUUAUCACUUCUUGCGUGACCGAACGGUUCAACGCUAUUUACGGCGACUCUCACGGUGUGGCGUACAUGCUGGAUCCGCUGUACUUGGGUGAAUCCUUAGAUGAGAGGAAAAAGCAGGAGGUGGAAAGCUUUAUUUCGAGGUUUUGCGAGCACGAGGGACAUAUUGUGGACAUUUCGACGCAGCUGGAACAGUACAAGGCGAUGGUAGAUGAAUUAAAACAAAACAACUCAGCGUUCUGGGAGCUGCUGCAGUCUGGCGCCGUAUCACCGCAUGACUUUUGGAUAGAGCGACGGGGGCAGUUCCCGCACUUGCACCAGUUGGCUGUAGCGGUAUUUUCUUUACCGGCAUCGAGCAGUUCUCCGGCUCCAUCAUUUGGUGUCCAGGGCUUCACUGUCCACUCCCGCUUCAGCCGCGCACUGCCACUGGGUCAGCUCGAGAAGCUCACCCAUGUAUAUUGCAACUCAAAGGAAGAGCUGUUGAGGCCGGUGUGA